AUGGAAGAGUCACAUGGGAAUGGAAAUGAAGGUGUGUCACUAGAAAAGCUGUGCCACAAUGAUCCCUUAAACUGGGUUUUUGCGGCUGAGUCAUUGAAAGGAAGCCAUUUGGAUGAAGUGAAAAGAAUGGUUAAUGAAUAUCGAAAGCAGGUGGUGAAGCUGGGGGGUGAGACACUGACCAUAGCACAAGUGGCUGCAGUGGCGGCUCGUGAUGAUGGAGUCAUAGUUGAGCUGAGUCAGUCGGCAAGGGCUGGUGUUAAAGCAAGCAGUGAUUGGGUUAUGGACAGCAUGAAUAAAGGAACAGAUAGUUAUGGAGUUACUACUGGUUUUGGUGCAACUUCACAUAGAAGGACCAAGCAAGGAGCUGCCUUACAAAAGGAGCUCAUCAGAUUCUUGAAUGCUGGAGUCUUUGGCAGUGGCACAGAAUCUUGCCAUACAUUGCCACAUACAGCAACAAGAGCGGCUAUGCUAGUGAGAAUAAACACACUCCUCCAGGGCUACUCAGGCAUUAGAUUUGAGAUCCUGGAGGCCAUCACAAAGCUACUAAAUCACAACAUUACUCCAUGCUUGCCUCUGCGUGGCUCAAUUUCUGCUUCGGGGGAUUUAGUCCCUUUUUCAUACAUUGCUGGACUUCUUACAGGGCGGCCAAAUUCCGAGGCUAUUGGUCCCAAAGGAGAAGCCCUAGAUGCCAAGGAAGCCUUUCACCUUGCAGGCAUUAAUGGUGGAUUUUUUGAGUUACAGCCUAAAGAGGGUCUGGCACUAGUUAAUGGGACGGGAGUUGGUUCUGGCUUGGCUUCUAUAGUUCUGUUUGAGGCAAACAUUUUGACAGUCUUAUCGGAAGUUUUGUCAGCAAUAUUUGCUGAGAUUAUGCAAGGAAAGUCAGAGUUUACAGAUCAUUUGACUCAUAAGCUGAAGCACCAUCCUGGCCAGAUUGAGGCUGCAGCUAUUAUGGAACACAUUCUGGAUGGAAGUGCAUUUGUUAAGGCAGCACAAAAGUUGCAUGAAAUUGAUCCCUUGCAAAAACCUAAGCGAGAUCGAUAUGCUCUUCGUACUUCCCCACAAUGGUUAGGCCCACAAGUUGAAGUAAUUCGAUCAUCAACAAAGUCCAUUGAAAGGGAGAUUAAUUCGGUGAAUGAUAAUCCAUUGAUUGAUGUGUCAAGAAACAAGGCCUUACAUGGCGGAAAUUUUCAGGGUACUCCUAUUGGUGUCUCUAUGGAUAACACAAGAUUAGCAAUAGCCUCAAUCGGAAAACUCAUGUUUGCUCAAUUCUCUGAGCUUGUUAAUGAUUUCUACAACAAUGGGUUGCCAUCAAAUCUGUCAGGUGGUAGGAAUCCAAGCUUAGAUUAUGGGUUCAAGGGUGCUGAGAUAGCUAUGGCAGCGUAUUGCUCAGAGCUCCAAUUUCUUGCUAAUCCCGUUACCAAUCAUGUUCAGAGUGCAGAGCAACACAACCAAGAUGUGAAUUCGUUGGGGCUAAUCUCAGCCAGGAAAACAGCUGAAGCUGUUGACAUCUUAAAGCUGAUGUCUUCAACAUACAUGAUUGCGCUCUGUCAGGCUAUAGAUUUGAGGCACCUCGAGGAGAACUUGAAGAACGCAGUAAAGAACACAGUGAACCAAGUCGCCAAAAUAGUCCUAACCAUGGGGACAAACGGGGAGCUUCACCCUUCAGGAUUCUGUGAGAAGGAUUUGCUUAAGGUGGUCGAUCGUGAGCAUGUUUUUGCAUAUGUUGACGAUCCAGGUAGUGCAACUUACCCACUUAUGCAAAAGCUGAGGCAAGUCCUGGUAGAACACGCCUUGACAAACAAUGAUGAUUUGAAUAAAGCAAAUGCUUCAAUCUUUCUUAAGAUUGGCGCUUUUGAGGAGGAAUUGAAGACAGUCUUGCCAAAGGAACUUGAAAAUGCAAGAAUUACUUUUGAAAGUGGUAAUCCAGAAAUCCCAAACAAGAUUAAAGAAUGCAGGUCCUACCCCUUGUACAAGUUUGUGCGAGAAGCCUUAGGUACAGAGUUUUUAACAGGAGAGAAAGUGAGAUCACCAGGUGAAGAAUGUGAUAAAGUAUUUGUCGGAAUGUGUGAGGGAAAGUUGAUUGAUCCGCUGCUCGAAUGUCUCAAGGAUUGGGAUGGUUCUCCUCUUCCAACAUGUUAAGAAUCCCUCCCCUCUGUCGUAUUAAAACAUUGUUUUUCAAAGCUUAUUACAUUAUAAGGAAAAUUUCAGUAUCAAUACAAAUAAGACUUUAAGAAAGGGUGAAAAAGAAUAAAUGGACUGGCAGACCUGAUUUGUGAUGUCAAAGAUGUUUGUUUGUAUGUUUUUUCUUAUUUUCCAUUUCUUUUACCAUUUUUUUUCGUUUGUCAAAUCUGUAUUUCGAGGAUAUUUAUGUAAAGCAUGAAAUCUACCGCAUCCUAGUUUCAUCAACUUCAUUUCACCGGUAGGAUUUGGUUUCGAUGAUAAAAACAGAGUAUGCUGAUUCACCACUUUUUGAUAUUUAGGUUUUUCUCAGCAACAGACCAAUAAGAGGGUAUAGAAGGUACGAGUCAAUAAAUUGUGCAUAUUAGGUACUAAUUAUAUGGUGUUUGACCAGCAUUCUUGACAAUGGUAGUUUCCUGGGC